UUUCAGAAACUCUGUCUCCCUCCCUUGUUUAUUCCUCCCAAAACAAAAAAGACGGUUUCGUUGGAAGAAAGAAAGGACGAAAUUGAGUUUAAGAUCUGAUUGGGCGGCGACGAUGGAGAACAACGACAGUAUCAUAUCGCGGGAGAAGAUCGACCAGGCGGCCGUGUGGCUCGGCUCCGCCGUCUCUUCCGCUUUCUUUUCCUCUUUGGAACGCUUUUCCUGCGUCAACGUCGCCACCUCUGACCCCGACAACGACGAAGACGACGACGAUUAUUACUCCACCACCACCGCCACUCCCACCGCCGCAUCCACCACCACCACUAGCCCUCCCUCCAUUCAGAUCGACGGGAAAAAAACAAACGACGUCUCCAACCUCCCCGUUUGAGACAAUAUAACGACGACGUCGUUGCUGCGCUGUGUAUAGACCUUUUUCCUUUUCCUUCUUUCGUGUGUGUUAUGUAAGGAAUCCCGAUUUUCAUUUCUUCAUACUUUCGACGUCGUGAAAAAGAAAAGAUGUGAUGCAAUUUUAUUAUGCCUGUCUACAUAUAUAAUUAACUAAUUACAUGCUUAUAUAUUUCUAUUAAAUUGUAUUAUUAAUUUAUUUUAUUUUAUCUUA